AUGUUUGCCACUGUUGUUCAGCGAACUUCUGCUUCGUCUUCCAACAAUAAUGAUCUUUUUGUACAUGUUCAAACUGGUGAAACACUUUCAAUUGUAGUUGGGAGUGACGUUCAUCAAAUUGCUGGACCAGCAACAGUACGUAUGGUAAAUCAAGCUGGUGCAUCUGCUGCGCUUCCACUGCAUGUACCUCCUGGACACAUGGUUCAGCAAAUUCUUGAUGAACAAGUAGGUCUUUGAAG